AUGUUACAGGAGUUGAAAAGGUUGAAUGAAGAUUUGCAACUAAAAUUGGAUAAUGCCAUGAGUUGUCGUGUAUCUGCCAUCAAGGAACUCGAGGGUAUCUCUCAACAGUACCAUUCGCUGAAGUCGCAAUAUACGGAGAAGGUUUCUCAUUUGGAAAUCGCCUGCUCUAGCAAAUAUGUGAGUAUUAAGUUGCAAGACGAGGAGUUAGCCAUGGUGAAGCUCCUGAUGUUGGAGAACGAUGCCCAAGUUACCACCUUGAGCAACUCACAACUUAUGGUGGAGCAGAAUACAACAAGUUGCCAGUCCGGAGUGGAUCAAAAGGUUGAGAAGCUACGAUGGGUCAUAAAGGAAGGAAUUCCUAACUUUGUUCGGACAUUGUCUGAUUCUAGUGACUUUGGGGCCAUGAAUGCCGCCUUGCAGACAUCUUCUAUCAAGCUUGGCCUUUAUCAAGCCUGUGUGCAAAUGAAAGCUAGGUAG